AGCUGAGCAGUAGCCAGCGGCUGCCCCUCCACGCUCAACGCCGGAGAUGUCCGCCGACUGCACGGAGCGGAGCCCUGCCUUGGGCUGGGGUUGGCGCGGGCGCGACCCCGACCCUCCGCCACGCUCAGUCACUGGGGAGAGUGGAGUCAGCCCAGACGAUGACCAGUGGGACAGUGAGGAGGCUGCGGACUGGGUUCCUGACCUGCAGAGUGAGGCGUUACUGAAGGAGAUGCAACAGUCCUCCAUGCAGAUCAUUGCGGAGUUGGAUGAGCUCGAGACACAGCUAGAGGUCGAGAGGGCAUGCCGGGAGAGUGCGGAGGAACUCGCCGUGAAGCUCAGCAAAGAGAACCGCAAACUGCAGAGGAUGAGCCUGGUCCUGCAGCCUAUGUGGGACAAGCUGCCAGACGACAUUGCCCAGCUGGCCCCGGGGACAGAGGAGGGCACCGAUCCCAGCGAGGAUCCUGUCUACCAAUACCAGCUCCAGAUCAAAGAAUUACAGGAGAGAAUCACCCAGCUCCUGGAGGAGAAGAAGCAGUUGACGGGCAAGGUGACUGAACUGGAACUGCAAGUGGCUGAGCUACUGGAGAAGGCAGAGAGGGAACACAGGGAGAAGAGGUUGCUGAAGGACACGCUCAACAAGCAGAACAAGAACCUUCAGCGGCUCAGUACAGUCUCCACCCUGGUGACCCAGGAAUACCAGGAACUACAGCAGAACCUGGAGCUGGAGCAGGGUCUCAGGCAGCGGGCAGAGAUCUACGCCCACCAGAUGCGAGUGAAGAAGCAGGAGGCAAACCGGCAGAGUCUGAUCCUCUUGGAGAGAGCAGAGCCCAGCAUCCAGCUGCUCAAGGCCAUGGAGGAGGUGGGCACCGCCCACCGGACCCUCCAGGAGGAACGCUUCCUCCACGAGAAACAGGUGACGGAGCUGCAAGCGCAGGUCGAGGGCAGUGAGUACAGGAAGGAGGUCGACAGGCUUCGGAUCCUCUUGCAGUUGGCAGACGAACAUCAAAUCGAGCUUGAGGACAAAGUCCAGGAGGCUGAGAGGAGGAAUCAGGAGCUCGAAACCAAACUCAGAGACCUGCAGCAGGAACGGAGCUCCUCAGACGGUCCGAUGAGUGAGGUGGACAAGGGGGCCGCCGGCGUAACCCCACCUCCUCCACCCCCACCCCCACCACCCCCUCCGCCCCCACCAAGCGCAGCCCCUAUCGAGCCGUUGGCAGAGUUACUGCGAAGACGACAGAAGGAUGGGCAGAAGAAAGUGGAUGGUUCGGGCAAUCUCUCUGAUAUCAAGGGCAGGGCCGUGAACGAGAUGAUGGAGAGAAUCAAAAGUGGAGUGGUCCUCAAGCCCACAAAGAGGAAGACAGAGAUCACGGACACAAAGCCUUCCGACACGGACAGCAAGGGGUCAGCCGUGGUGGAACUCCAAGGAAUUCUGAACAUGAUGGGAAAGAGGAACGUCCGGCAGAAGAGCUGGAGAAAUGACAAGAGACAGAACGAGCUGGACACUAUCCUCCAGAGGCGCAGGAAGGUGACAGACACGACAGCAGGGCCCAAGGAGCAGGCAGAGGAUCGAGGAUCGGUGGUCCCACAGGAAGCCCAAGGAGAGCCCAAGGAGCCUGUCAGACAGGACAGAGUUUCCAACACCAUCAUCCCGGGGGAAGGGAUCCGUCGUGUCAGCUGCAUAAGGCAGAGCCGGAGAACCUCGGCCGUCAUCGCUUUAAACCGUCGGGUGUCACAGCAGAUGAGGAGACCAACAUCAGAGCCUAACCAGCAGACAGAGGGUGGAGGGAGCUCCACCCAGGAAGGGUGAACCCACCACCACCCCUCCCCUCCCAAUCCAUUGGCAACACUACCCUCCUCACCACAUAACCCUCCCCAUCAUCAUCUCUCUGCACCAUCACCCCUCCCCUCGCCACCAUCUCCACUCGUCUUCCCACCACCAUCACCAACGUUCCCUCCAUUUUUUUUUAAUGCUGUGCGGACCAACCAUUGCUCAGAGCAGGAAAUGUUUACACAGCACGAACACUUUAAAAAAUAUUAUACAGUAUAAGAGAAAAUUCCAGAUGCACGGCAACAAAGGCUAUGUGCACGGGAGCAUUUCAGUUACUGCGCGGCCGCACAUUGUCACAGCUUAGAGGGAAGAGUGGACAUCACCAUCCCUCCGCCUCCUCACCAUCACCUAUCCCCAUCCUCUCCAAAUGCCACCACACCUCCUCACCAUCAGAGCCACUCCUUCACACCCCAGUCCAUCAUCACCUCUCCCCUCGUCACCCACCCCACCACAAUAUAUCUCCAUCGCAGUCCCCUCCCCAUCAUCACCACUCUUCUCCCUGACACCGCGACCACCACCCCUCUCCAUCACCACCCAGCCCUUCACCCACUCUCCUCCCAUACCUCCUCCCCCCACAUUGCACUUUUACCUCCCCCGUGUAAAACCCUCUUAUCGUUGCCCCACCUCAAGCCACCCCCAACCCAUGCACCACCCUCAGUACCCCCACCCCCCCAAAAUCACCCGCAUCCCACUUCCUGUUCCAGCCCACAGCCCCUCCUCUUCCCUUCCCGAACCCUUCACAUCCAUUCUGCCUUGACGCCCCAUGCCUUGCUGAGAGGCACUGACAGCCCACCCGACAUGUGCCCACCCCCAUCACUCCAAAUACUGACUGCAAAAUUUAAGAGUGGUUUGGGUAAGUUGAUGGAUGGGAGAGGUGUGGAGGUCUGUGGUCCAGGUGCAGGUAGAUGAGACUAGAAAGUUUGGCAUGGAUUAGAUGGGCAGAAAGGCCUGUUUCCGUAGUAUGAGUGCGGCUACCCCCACCUGUGGAAGCAGUGUACAGGGUGUAUCUGCUGUAUCGUUUGUUAUCGCUGAAUUGUCUGAUGUGAAAUUUUGUACGAUGCGAAGACAUAAAAAUUAAUAUGAAUUACAAAAUAAAUAAAUAGUGCCAAAAAGAUUAGUGAGGUGAUGUUUACGAGAUCAUGGAUCAUCCAGACAUCUGGUGGUGGAGGGAAAGAAGCUGUUCUUGAAACUUUGAGUGUGGGUCUUCAGGCUCCUCCAUGAUGGUAGCGAUGAGAAGAGGACAUGUCCUGGGUGAUCAGAGUCCUUCAUGAUGAACACUGCCUCCUUGAGGCACGACCUGUUGAAGAUGUUGAGGAGGAUUGUGCCCAUCCUCAGCCUCUUGCAAACCUACACUCUGGAGCCUCCACGCCAGGCAAUGAUACAACCAGUGAGAAUGCUCUGCACUGUACAGCUGCAGAUCACGGGCAUUAAUCCACCUUGCAUCAAUUUCACUCCAGAUUGUUUGUAGUCAUUUCUAGUACACAAGUUCGUGGGUUGUUCAGCCUUACAGCUUGGGGAAAGUAUCAGUUUUUGAGUUUGGUGGUCCUGGUGUGGAUGCUGUGUAACCUCCUCCCUAAUUGGAGUGGGACAAAAAGUCAUAGAGUGAUAGAACACUAUAGCACAGAAACAAUAACUUCAACCCAUCUAGUUUGUGCCAAAACCAUUAAUCGGCCUAAUCCCAAUGACCUGCUCCCGGGCCAUAGCCGUCCACACCCCUCUCACACAUGUACCUAUCCAAACUCCACUUAAAUGCUGAAAUCAAACCUGUAACCACUACAUGUACUGGCAGCUUGUUUCACA